CAAUGCGGAAAGCCAUUGUCCUCUGUUCAUUCGCCUUUUCAUUAUGCCUGAGAGAUAUUCGAUAUUCUCUUUUCAAGAGGAAAUGAAGCAAGGGUCAGUGGUCGGUAGAAUUGCGCAGGAUUUAAGUGCUGAUCGGAACAAGUUUUCAUCAAGGAAUCCUAGGCUUGAGUUUGGAAGAAACCAAUACUGUGAAAUCAAUUCGCAGACUGGUGAAUUGACUGUAAACGAGAGGACUGACCGAGAAGAGCUAUGCGGACAAAACCUCUGUGCACAUUGGCUUUUGAUUUCUUCAUGGAAAAUCCACUUGCAUUGCACUGUAUAAUUCUGGAGAUGCAUGAUAUAAACAACAACAACCUGACCUUCCUCAACUCUAAGGUCAAAUGAGAUCAACCCGAGUCUACAGUUGAAGGGUCUCGAUUUUCCGUCGAUGAGCCAGUGUUCCUGAAAACCUUCCGGUAGACUCAGCCUUGGUAACUGUUAAUGCCAUCGAUGCUGACGAAAAGGCCAAUGGAGAUGUCACAUAUGCAUUAAGCCAUAUGCCUGUGAAUGCAAAGACUAUAUUUUCAGUUGAUCCAAAAUAAUGUGAAAUUACACUCCUUCGUUCGAGAUCCGAGUUAAAGCAAAAGAUGGAGCUGGUCUAGCAGCCACGUCCAAAGUAGUGGUAGACAUAAGUGAUGUCAAUGACAAUGCUCCUUUAAUAAUGAUAAAAUCAAUAAAACGCCGAUUGGAGGAUGCCACAGUGAGCGCAGAAGUUGCAGCUAUUUACGUAACGACAAAGACACAAAAUCCAAAGGGAAAAUGAAAUGCUUCAUUGAGCAGAACAGCCACUUUAUAUUGACACCAUCAAUUAAGAACAACUUUUCAAUGGUCACAACGACAUAGUUGGACAGGGAGAGAGAAUCAGAAUAUGAUACGACGAUUGCAGCUACUGACGAAGGUACUCCGCCCUUAAAAUCUUCCAAAACGAUUAGAUUAUUUGUUGGAGAUGUGAAUGACAAUCCUCCCGCUUUUGAGCAGCAAUCUUACAUACAGCUUACAUGACUGAAAAUAACAAACCAGGCACCUCUAUUUGUUCUGUUAGUGCAAAAGACCCAGACUGGAGACAGAACGGCACUGUACUGUACUCUCUGGUACCCAGUGAAGUCAGAGGUGUUCCAGUGUCCUCAUUGUUAUCUAUCAAUGGUGAUACAGGAGUGAUCCAUGCCGUAAGGUCAUUUGACUAUGAGCAGUUCAGAAACUUCACCGUCCAAAUUAAAGCCAAAGACAAUGGUUCUCCUCCCCUCAGCAGCAACCUGACUCUGAAAGUCUUCAUAACAGAUGAGAAUGAUAACUCUCCACAGAUAUUAUACCCUGUUCCAGACGGAAAGUCUCUGAUGACUGAACUGGUCACUAAAAUGGCUCUUUCAGGCUCUCUAAUCUCCAAGGUGAUUGCUGUGGAUGCUGAUUCUGGACAGAAUGCAUGGCUGUCCUAUCAGAUUGUGAAGUCUACUGAUCCGGGAUUUUUCACAAUCGGUCUCCAUAGUGGACAGAUCAGAACACAGCGAGACAUUUCUGAAUCUGACAGCAUAAAACAGAACCUUGUCAUUUCAGUGAAGGAUAACGGGCAGCCCUCUCUCUCUUCAACCUGCACUGUAUAUUUACUCCUUUCUGACAAUCUUUCUGAAGUCCCAGAACUUAAAGAUAUGACUUAUGUAAUUCGUAAUCUUUAAAAACUGAUAGAAUUCAUUUUCACACACUAAAAAUUUUAUUGGUUCAUGUUUAUUUCACUCUUUGUUUAAAUUAUUAUAGUUUUAAAUGAACAAUAAUUAGUAUCUUUAUAAUGGAGUUUCGUUGUUUAUUAUUGAAAGUCUAGGUUUCAGAUAAGGCUUAGACAAUAAAUUCUAUACAAAAAAAGCGUCUGAAAUGUAAGCUAACAAAAGUAAAUAAUAUAUGAUAAAAGUUUCAAAUUCAGUUUAAACAUGAGCUUCAUAACAAAACAAAAAAGUUGAAAUCUGUAAGUUUUAAGAAAAAUCAACCCCUGAGACAUGAAAUUGUUAAAGUUAAAGAAACACAAAUGCUGACACAUAAAAAGCAUAGCAUGUUUUUGUAUGAUGUUGUUAUCACCUCUCUUUUCUUCUGUCAGGGUACAGAAAAACGCGUCUGCCACUGUAGAUUGACCAGAUUUUUCGAUUGCCAUUAUUUGAUAGCAUUUGUUUUUAAUCCUACCCUUUCUCAACUGAUAUGAGGGACAUUUCUCUGUCUUUUCUUUAGCUUUUUAAUACUUAUUUGUGGUCUUUACUAUUCAGUGUCAUAUUACCCACAAUACUUUU